AUGACGCUCGGGAUCGACCUCGGUACCACCUACUCGGUGGCGGCGACGUGCGACAAGGGCGAGGUCUCCGUGGUGGUGGACGAUGCGAUCGGAUCGAUGGGCGCGUCCGCCAACGACGCCGCCGUCGUGGAGGUUGGGAGCGUGGUUGGCGCCAAGGCUGCGGCGCUGCGGGACGCCGUCCCCGCGCUCACCGUGUACGACGCGAAGCGACUCAUCGGCCGCGAGUUCGACGAUCCCGUGGUGCAGGAGGAGCUGGAGCACCUCCCGUUCCACGUCGUCGAGAACCAGAUUCAGCCGAGGCCGAGGGACGCCGCGAUCGGGGCGACGAUGCAGGGCAAGGCGCUCCCGUACAAGCGGCUGAUGCCGAGCGACCGAGCCAACCUGGUGGUCAUCCCGCCGGAGGAGGUUGGCGCGAGGAUCUUGUCGCACCUCAAGCGGCACUCGGAGCGUUCGCUGCCAUUCUUCCGACGUAACCUCGGGUUCACGUUCGGGUCGCUCACGGUGUCGGUGCCCGUCGGGUUCACCAAGGCGCAGCGCGCGGCGACGCUGAGAGCCGCCACACGGGCCGGGUUCGCAACCGCCCGGCUGCUGGAGGAACCCGUUGCGGCGGCGAUAGCGUACGGUUUACACGAGGACGACGUGGAACGCACGGUGAUCGUGUACGACCUUGGCGGCGGCACGUUGGACGUGGCGGUGCUGAGGCUGGAGCGGAGCAGUAAGACGUUCUUGGUGUUGGGUACGUCGGGGGAUCCGCACUUGGGGGGUGAGGAUUUCGACCGCGCGCUGGUCGGGUGGCUCUGGCGGGAGUUAAACUCGGAGGGGUUCCGCGCUCCGGCGGAUGACGAGCUCUCGCUCUCGCGUUGGGAGGAGACGGCGCUGCGGGUCAUGGAACGCGCGAAGCGGGCGCUGUCGGAGAGCGAGCGCGUGGGGGACGAGGAUUCGUGGGAUGAGGACCCGCCGGGGCUGACGUGCACCACGCGGUGGCUCACCCGCGACGACCUCGCGACGUCGUGCGCGACACUGGUGGAUCGGGCCAUGGCUCCGGUGCGGGAGGCGCUUCGCAACGCGGGGAACGUCGACCCGGAUGAGAUCGACGACGUCGUCAUCGUCGGCGGAUCGUCCAGGCUCGCGGUCAUCAGGCAGAGGCUCAGCGAGGCGUUCCACGGCAGAGACAUUCACCACACGGUCAACCCGGACACCGCCAUAGCGGUGGGCGCCGCGAGGAGCUACGCGUGCUAG